AUGGAGGAGCCCGGCGACGAGCAGGGCGACGAGGGCGAGGAUGACGACCCUGCCGCCGAGCCGGAGGACGUCCAGUUCCAGGAGGACAUCAAGCAGGACCAAAACGUCCAGCAGGAGGACGCCCUGGCGCUCCCCGAUGACAUGGAGCUUGACCUCAAGGACGAGGAAUCUGGAUCGGAUGACGACGACCUCGACGACAUGUCUGACUCGGGCGAGCCAAAGGACGAUCUGCCUGACCUGCCGGAGAAGCACGAAUCGGACGUGGAAGACGACCAGCAGCCCGAACGUGGCCAAGACCCCGAACAGGCAGACGAGAUGCCCGAGGAAGAAAUGGACAUGGGCGGCAACGAGAUUGACGACGAACCCAAGGCCGAAGAGGAGCAGGAUGGCGAGGCUCCCGACGCCGAGCCCGAACAGCCCGACGAGCCGGAAGACAAGCGGCAGGAUGCCGACCAGGACACGGCCAACGCCGAUACGGAGAACGCGGCGCCGAGCGACGUCAAGAGCGGCGGCCAGGAUCAAAACGCCGACAGCAUGGACGUCGAAAACGAGCCCGACGACAGCGCAGCACAGCGCGACGAGGGGGACGCCGGCGAGGGCGCCGCCAAGCAAGAGGCCGACGCCGGCAAGAAGGGCGCCGUCUCGCGCUCGGACGACCAGGCGCAGCCCACCGAGCAGCCGGAGGACGAGGCAGCGCGCGAGGAGCCUCGCCAGGAUCCGUUCAAGAAGCUCGGCGACGCGCUCGAGCGAUGGCACCGACAGCAGACGGAGAUCAAGGAGGCGGAGCAGAAGGAAGAGGAGGGCGAGGCCAAGCAGCCCCAGCAAGACGCCGACGACAUGGCAGCCAAGGAGUUCCAGCACAUGCAGGACGACGAGACGGCGCCGGACGCCCAAGCGCUCGGUGCGGCCUCGGACGACCAGGUCCAGCCCAUCGACGACGCCAUGGCGAUUGACGAGGAAAAAGAAGACCCGGCGAGCCGGGUGAUGCCGGAGAGCGAGCAAGAGCCCGAGCAGCAAGACGAGGCGGCCGGCGACCAGAUGGACACGGACGAGCCCGAGGACAAGAAGGACGGCCCAGAACGGGACGACGGGCGGUCCGGGGUCAAGACACGACAGGGCGCCUUCGACCGCGAGGCGACGCCCGAAGACGCCGACGCCGCCCAGAUGGACGCCGACGAGGACGAGCACGAAGACAACAAGGUCGACGAGGCGUCGGCGCAGCUCUCCGAGACACACCUCACGGGCGAGCCAGAGCGACCGCUGCGGCGACUUUGGACGAGGCGAUGCAGCCUCUCUCGGGCUCGUUCCCGCACGGGCAAGCGGGCUUCAACAUUCAAGAAAGAUCAAUCCCGUUACAUCGCGUCGAGCUAA